AUGCCAUAUCAAUGCAAUCAUAAAGAUAGAGAUGGAAACUAUUGUUGGAAAUUCACCGGCUUCUAUGGGCAUCCUGAGAGUGUGAAGCAGGAGGAGUCAUGGACAUUACUUAAGCACCUUAAAUCUCAUGCACCCGUCCCUUGGUUGUGCACGGGAGGCUUCAAUGAAAUUCUAGAUCACUCUAAGAAGGAGGGGGCUGCAAUCCGACGGGAAAGCCAAAUAGACGAUUUUCGCAUAACUUUGGAGGAAUGUCAACUCUGCGACUUAGGGUACACUGGACCCAAAUUUUCUUGGAGCAACAAACGAAAGGAUGCCACUUUUACAAAAGAACGUUUGGGCCAUGCUGUCGCGAACAAGGAGUGGCGUGCACUAUUCCAAGUUGUCUUUGUCACAAUUCUAGCAUCAUGCACCUCUGAUCAUAACCCCAUCUAUGUACAGUUCAGUGAGCAACCUUCCGAGUGGCAGUCUUAUAAAUGGGGGUUUAAGUUUGAGGAUAGUUGGAACACUGAUGAUGAUACUUUCUUUACAAACUUUUCCGCAUUUUAUAAAGUUUUAAAUUUGAUGUUUUUACUCUAUCAUGCAUUUAGUAUCAUAUAUAGUAAUUACUCUGGACCAAAUGGGGUGGAGAACUAUCUGCGCCAUUUGGAGAGACGAGUCAUGGGAGACAUGAAUGAUAGUCUACUAAGACCAUUCACGAAAGCUGAGGUCAGUUUCGCCCUAUCCCAAAUGCACCCAUUUAAGUCCCCUGGCUCAGAUGGAUUUGCAGCUUGUUUUUACCAGAAAUCUUGGGCUACUGUGGGUAAAGUGGUUAGUCAAGCAGUUCUUCACUACCUGAAUGGGGGACCUUUUAAUGUUGCUACCAAUUCCACCAACAUAAUGCUCAUCCCAAAAUUCUCCUCUCCCUCUUGGUUGACAAAUUACAGGCCUAUUAGCUUAUCUAAUGUGCUAUAUAAACUUAUUGCCAAGGUGCUUGUGAAUCGGCUCAAGUUGGUGCUGCCCCAUGCCAUCUCCCCAGAGCAAAGUGCUUUUAUCCUGGGGAGGCUUAUCACUGACAACAUCUUGGUAGCCUUCGAGACAUUACAUACAAUGGAUACCAGAUUGAAGGGAAAUGAGGGUUUCAUGGCCCUCAAACUCAAUAUGAGAAGAAUUUGGAACAAAAUCAACGGGUGGAAGGAGAAGUUCUUAUUGCAUGAUGGAAAGGAGAUCCUCCUCAAGGCAGUCAUCCAGGCCAUCCCCACAUACACUAUGAGCGUUUUCAAGUUGCCAAAAUCCCUGAGUCGAGAUAUCAACUCAUCGAUGGCUAAAUUCUGGUGGGGCCAUCAAGAGAACGUCAACAAGAAUGCUUGGAUGAGUUGGAGUAGGUUGGGAAAGAACAAAGGAAGGGGAGGUCUCGAGUAUAGGGAAUUGGAAAGUUUCAACCUGGCACUCUUGGUGAAGCAGGGUUAG